AUGAGUUCAGUUUCACUCACCUCUUGCGUUGUGUGUGGUCUUACCGAAAAUCUGCUGAGGUGUUCUAGGUGUAAGUCAAUUUAUUAUUGUUCAAAGGUACACCAGAAGCAGGACUGGAAAAGGCAUAAAGUUAUAUGUCAGAAAACUGACGGUGCCCAAUUAAAUGGUGAAAAUAAGUUUGUAAACAUUGUAGCUGAUCAAAACAGAAACAAUGCUAUAACGUACGAGGGUAGUUCUGAGACAGAAAUUUUAAGUACUCAGGCUGAAAGUUUAUCGCCUAUCCUGGAGCUGGACUUUAGGAAGGACAGGUCUUCUACGGAAAAGACCUUAAAAUCGGUAACAACCGCUAUGCCAAUUAGUGGUGAAAAUAUCGUCCAUCCUCGCAAAUCUAAUGUGAGGGAUUUUCCCGAAAUAUUGCUAAACAACUCGCCACCCUUUUUACAUAUUAAUCAGGAUGACGUUAUAGACGAAAUAUGCAGAAAUGUUAUAAGAGACAUGGAUGAUUAUGGUGUUUGUGUGGUGGACAAUUUUCUUGGUGAAGAGCGUGGUAGAGCUGUUCUUGGUGAAGUUAUAGCAAUGCACACAAAGGGAGUGUUUAGGGACGGUCAGUUAGUGUCAAGUAGAGGAAGAAAAGGUGAUUUAAAAACCAUCCGAGGAGAUCAAAUAACAUGGAUUGAUGGACGUGAAAAAUACUGUAAAAAUAUUGGACAUCUUAUUAGUCAGGUUGAUGCUGUUAUUAUGAGGGCAAAUAAGAUGAGGAAUAAUGGAAAGUUAGGACAAUUUACAAUAAAUGGCAGGACAAAGGCAAUGGUGGCCUGCUAUCCUGGAUCUGGAUCCCAUUAUGUUAAGCAUGUGGACAAUCCAAACAGAGAUGGACGCUGCAUAACAUCAAUUUAUUAUUUAAACAUUAAUUGGGACGUAAAACGAAAUGGGGGAUUGUUACGGAUAUUUCCCGAAGGUUGGCGGGAAGACAAAGUAGCAGAUAUUGAACCAUUAUUCGAUAGAUUGUUAUUUUUCUGGUCAGAUAGGCGUAACCCCCACGAAGUUCAACCAGCGUAUGCUACCCGUUACGCUAUCACGUUAUGGUACCUUGACGCAAUAGAGAGGGAAGAAGCUUGCAGGCGUUAUGAAAAGGAGAGGAAUAAGACAAAUUCUGCGCCAGUGUUAACUACCAAGCAGCUCCAAUAAACCCAGGAAUAUGCUGAAUAACAUGUGAUAUUUCAAUUACGUAAGUUUAAAUAAAAAGUAUUUUAGAAACUUGAUAGAAAUAACGAAUAAUAAUCUUCUAUGACCAAUAAAUUAGCAAAUAUGUUUAAGACCUACAAUUAAUGUAAAAUAUUGUUUAAAAUAUAAUUUGUGGC